AUGGAUAUUGAUGAUAAAGAAUUAUCUUUUAAUGAAAAAUUUUUUCUGACCGACAUUGGUGAUCUUGCUGAGAUGUGUAAGUCCAAAUGUAACACGAAAUAUCUUAGCAUUUUGCUCUAUAUGUCAUUACGUUACUUCAACAUUAAAUGGGAAGAUGUCGAUGAAUAUUUGAAGACUAUUGGCUUUAUGACUGCGAAAACUUCUCAUAAAUGGGCAACGGUGUUUAUCGAAGGUGAUUAUGAAGAGUUUUCAAAUGAUAUACGUGGUGGCAAACAAACGGAUUCCUUUUAUGGCACAUUUUCAGAAAUUGAAGCAGAUGCUAGAGCAUUCGUUGUCCAAGCAUGUUCGCAGAAAUCAGCGGAGUUUAAAGCAGCGGACUUGGCUCAGUUCAUUGAUACAAAAUAUUAUGAAUUAACGGAACUUCAAAAACAAAUUGGGGAUGAUUUGAUAAUAUCAGAAAGAAGUUGUCGCCCGAAUCUCCGUAGAUGGGGAGCUAAAUUCGGAGCGAAUUCACAACGUUCAUAUUUUGAAUGA